CAAGAACUACAAGGACUCCAUACCUUGUUCAUACCGAAGCUCUCUCCAUAACAUGUCGUAUCAUCUCGGUAUACUCCCUUCAGAUGUUAUUGACAGGCUAACGGAGCGCCCUGACUCCGAGUCGGUGCGGUCUGACCCGCUUGACACUCGCUUGGUCAGGCUUCCACAUCCUCGCACUGGUGUUGCAUCACUGUUCCUAGUUUCUCACUCACAGCACCCUGAAACGAAGGAGGACGAGGCGUCAAUAUUGGAAGUACAAGCCGUUGCUCCGCCCCAUGCACGCUCUUGGUUUCAUGAGGAAAACGUUGUCGCUGAUGGAAAGCUGCUCGUCAUGACACCUAUUGACCCAGCAUUUCUGCUCAUUCCCAUCCUGCAAGCAUCCAUUCCAGAUAACGAUGCUCAGGUGAACUUUAUGCCUUUGGACGACAUCCUGGAAAGCUCCGCUACUCGCCUGGCGUCUUCUUCGGUUUCAAACGAGUCGAUCUCACGACGAGACGUUAUAUCGCUCGGCGCGCUACCAUGCGUCAAACGUGCAGUCAAACGAAUAUGUGAAGCCAAAGAGAUUACGGAGGAAAUCAUAGUCUAUCGAUAUUCCUCGGAGCGUGUGUUGGAGUACCUCCGUAAAAAGGUGUACAGGCUAUCCAAGCCUCCGCAUUGUGAUAUUUCGCGAACCAUUGUUCGAAGUCUUGCUAAAGACGGCCUGAUGGAUGAUGGCAAGGAAGAGCUACUGAGGCUUGGUCGGACCAAAGCAGCGUGCGAGAUACUCUCCCAGUACUUGUCGCCCGAGAUUUAUCAGCAAGUUUUGUCUUCAUACGACUUCUCUUCCCUCGACACGUACUUGAAAACCCUAAACGACAACCAUUUAGUACCCGUUGAGUCAGGUAACAGUACUGCCAAGGCGAAGAAGGGCAGCCGCGAUAAUGUUGCGGGCGCAACACAGAGUGACGGUGCGAAGAAACGCAAGGCCCCAGCCAAAGGAUCUCAUGGCGUCGAGAAGCUGAAGAAGGCAAACACGAACGGGAUGUCCAAGCUCUCGACCUUCUUUCAGAAGAAGUCCGCGUAGACAUCGACGUUAUCAGAUGGCUUGAUGGCUCGGUUUAACCUGGUGGAAAACUAGC